AUGGCAGUGUACCCCGUCCGUACUGCCCUCGCCCGGCUCUUUGUCAUCGUGUGGCUCAUCAUCAGCCUCCUUAUCGUUACCAUGUACACAGCUAACCUCACCUCUAUUGUCACAGUCAAGCGACUCAAGCCCUCCACAAUGGACAUUGGUUCUGCAGCCAUGGGCUCAUCGGCGAUCGGGUACCAGCUGGGGUCAUUCGUGUAUGCAUACCUGCUGCACAUGGGCAUCCCUGCGAACCGCCUGGUGGCACUCAAUAGCGAGGAUGAGUAUGCGGCGGCGCUAACCUCGGGGCGUGUGGGCAUGAUAGUGGACGAGAGCCCCUACCUGCAGCUCUUUUCCCGGCGCUUCUGUGACGUGGCCGUGGCGCCUCAGCCCUUCUCCCUCCUCAACCUCGCCUUUGCGUUUCCCAAGGGCUCGCAGGUGGGCGAGGACAUAUCCCAGGCGAUAGUGCAGCUGACCAUGUUAGGCGAGCUGCAGCAGAUCCGGGAGAAGUACUUCAGUGGGAUCAACGCCUCCUGCUCCCGUCCCACCAGCAGCAACAGCGCUAUAUCCUCCUCCUCGUCGUCCUCUUCCUCCCCGGUCUCUUUGCUGGCAGCAGACUCAGUAGUGCAGCUGUCCAUGCACAAGUUCCUUGGGCUGUAUAUCAUUCUUGCCGCCGUGUCGCUGGGCUGCUGCCUGCUCUACGUGCUGCUCCUUAUUCACCGCGGCUACCGAGCCAGCAGAGAGGCUGCCCGCCAGCAAGACGCUCAGAACCAAGCUGAGAUCCAACGGCUCGUGUUCCAUCAUCAUCGGGUGCACACAAGAUUUGACGGCCCAGAUGUGGCUAAGCCCAUGCCAGAAAAGGGGUUGGCUUUAAGAGGGCACGAAUGGGAGGGAGGUGGCACCGGGGGUAGGGAUUAUUUGGGAAGGGAGGACGUGUUUGUGUUCAGGCGUACUGCCACUCUCAGUGUUGCUGAGGAGGGGGAAGAGGAAGAGGAGGAGGAGUUUGGAAAGCUAACAGUUGUAAGAGGGGUUGAUAUAGGAGAGACGGAGAAGGAGAAGGAGGAGGACGGGGGGCAGGGGGAAGAGAUGAGAGGGCUUGAGAUAAGAGAGGAUGAGAAUGAGGAGGGGAGGGAAGAGGAGGGGGAGAAGGAUGAGCAGGUGGCGGCAGCAGGAGAGCAGGCCCUACAGCCGGGAUUGCUUGGAGAGGCUGUUGCUCAUGGCGACGGCGACAGCAGGCCCAACAGUAGGCACUGUAGCAGGCCCGGAAGCAGGUCUAGUAGCAGGAAUGGAAGCAGGAGAAGCAUCCAAGGCGAGAGGUUGUACAGUAGUGCAGAUGCUUAUAGCGGGUCAGAACCCAAGGGCAAUGAGAAGGGUCGUGUAGGUCGGUACGAGACACUCCCAAGGCUGUUUGAAGGGGAGGGCAGUGCAGAGACACCAGAACACAGACAGGGGACGACUUUUGAGGUGCCUAGAAGAAUUUCUAGACACAAGCUGGGGAGGAGUUUGGUUGUGAGGAGCAGGGGCGGAGAGAGAUCAGAGGAGGGGAGGGCCAAGCCGUGGAGGAAGAGAGAGGGAGGAGCAACGGAGUUUGAGCAGAGGCAGGCGGAAUGGGAAGAAAGGGGGCUGCUGGAAACGGAGGGAAUGGUGAGAUCUGGUGUGCUGCAGGCUGCUCGUGCGUCUGCCUUGUUCCUUGCUAUGCUGUCGUCGCUCCUCACAGCAUCAGCAUCAUCUCUAGCCUCUGCAGCACCCGCUGCUGUAAAAGCCCUCGGCAUGGGGGCUGACACGGGGUUGAAAGCGGUGACAACGUUGAGCAAAUCGGUGGUGUCCGGUUCGCAGAAAGGGCUGUUGUCGCUUCAGGAGACGGUGAAUGAGCUUGUUGAUAAGUACAACCGGGGCCAGCAGUGGAGCAAGGACAGGAACCUCACAGGCAACCCACACACAGCACAAUCGGCGGCACCACCACAUGCAGCACCGAUGGCAGCAGCACAGGCGGCAGGACAACAGAUGCAAGCAGGUGGCUUGGUAGAAGGCGAUGGGGCUGAUUCAGCUCAGCAGAGCAGCAAGCAGCAGAGGUUUGCGCCAGGCAGCGGUGCAAGGAGCUCGAACAGCAGUGCGGAGGCGGCAAAGCAGUUGCAGGCAGCAGUGACUCUUGAGGCGCCUCAGAAAGCAGUUGGGCAAAGCAGUGGUGCGAGGAGCUGGAGAAGCCGUGCAGAGGUAGUGAGGCAGCUGCGGAUGGUGGGAGAGGAGGGCAGGCAGCAACCGCACUUGGCGUGGAGCAGGAGGGCCGGCCUGCAUAGCCAAGAGGGGCCUCCCAGGCCGUGGCACAGGCGAUCAGCUUUAGGCAAUGCUGCUUCUGCGCCAAACUUCUUCGAUAGACUAGAUGAGCGCACAAGAGGUUCAUCGGUGGGUGACCAGCUAAGAGAGCUUCUGCAGGUGGAGUCUGGUUCCAGACAAGUGGACGAGAGUGGUUCUGGGCAAGUCGAGGAGAGUGGGGGUGAUGAGGCCGGGACAAGAGGGACAAGUAGGUCAGGGGACAGUGAAUCGGGCGGGGAGGACCCAGAGGCCCUCAAUCUGCUGAGGAAGCUUUGUCCAAAGGAGUCAGGCUUCAGGCGGCACACGCCUCAUGGCAGUGAUAUUGAACUGCGGGGAAUUGGGACUCGCUGCAAUCACCUGCUGCAUCACACGUGCACCCUCCUGUCACGUGCACCGCAAGCAAGGAGGCCACCACAUUCAUAA